UGUCAAAAAUGACAGAAUAAAAAAUUUCUCUGUGGUACAAUUUUUCGAAAUUCAAAAUUUUUGUUUAUUAAUUCAGCCUAUUUUUUUCCCAAGGGAUAACGAUUAAUGGUGAAAUAAGUAGAUUGAGCAUGGUCAAUUAGUUCAAAUUAUCAUCAUCGAUGACUUUCCCAUGUUUCCACGAAAGUUGUUUUGUUCAUUUUCCCGCCAUUCUCCAACAGCGGUUCUGCUACUAAUCAAUGAAUGCAAAGGGGUUGUUUUCGAAAAAAAGUUCCACCAGCCGUUAAUUCACCAUUUGAAUGAAAUCAGUUAUUGUAAUCAAUUUUGGAAGAGGUUAGAAAUUCCAGAAUCAAGUUUGUGAAUUCAACAGCUAAGAUAUCAUUUCUUUUUACCAGUGGCAGAAUAUCGUUGAAGCAAAAUCGAAUAAGCAGAAUAAUGCCCCCUAAAAGAAAACCCGCCAAUAAAGAAAGUAGGGUAGAAGAGGAGCCACCAAAGAAAAGAGGCAGGGUUAGGAAAUAUGAUCAAACGGAACAGGAAGAUGAAGAUGCUAAGGAAAAACCAAUUGAGAAAAAGCGGAAAUUAGCCAAAUCUGAAAAAAAAGAAACAUCUAAAGAAAAAGAACAGAAAAAUAAGAAGGAUCCAAAGGAAAAAUCUGAAGAAACUGUGGAGAAACAGGACAAGCCUGCCAAAAAACAAACCACUAAAAAUAAAAAGACAACAGAGAAGGAAUCGGUGACUGCCAACACAACAACUACACAGUGGGAUGAAAUUGAUUUCAAAUGCGGAAAAAAGAAUGCCGAGGGUAAAGCUGAAAAUUUCAGAAUAACCUCGUGGAAUGUCGAUGGUAUGAAAGCUUGGCUGAAAAAGGAUGGCCUGAACAUAUUAACUUUCGCUUCACCUGAUAUAUUAUGUCUGCAAGAAACCAGAUGCAAUGUGGACUCCAUACCGUCUGAAAUAGAGAAUUUUCAAGGAUACAAAAAAUAUUGGUGCAGUAGUGAAAAGAAUGGCUAUGCAGGGGUUGGAAUGCUCACCAAGAAAGAACCCAUCAAUGUGAUCUAUGGUAUUGGUGAUGAAGAUCAAGAUGAAGAUGGUAGAAGCAUCACUGCAGAAUUUGACAGCUUUUAUUUAGUAACAGUAUAUGUACCAAAUGCCGGAAGAAAAUUAGUCACCCUGGAUAAACGUUUGAAAUGGAACAAUAUUUUCAAGGAUUUCAUCAAACAACUUGACAAAAAAAAACCAGUGAUAGUAUGUGGAGAUUUGAAUGUGGCACACAAUGAGAUCGACUUAGCCAAUCCGAAACCAAACAUGAGAAAUGCUGGUUUCACUCAGGAAGAACGAGAUGGCAUGACUGAUUUCUUGCAAGAAGGUUUCAUAGACACCUUCAGAGAGUUCUAUCCAGAUAGAAAAGAUGCCUAUACGUUUUGGACCUACAUGAACAAAUCUCGAACGAGGAAUAUUGGUUGGAGGUUAGACUAUUUUCUUGUUUCUGAACGUUUCAAAAAUAAAGUAUGUGAUAGUGUUAUUCAUGAUAAGGUUUAUGGUUCAGAUCAUUGUCCGUUAACAUUGUUUGUGAAUGUUUGAUACUUGUUUUCUGUAUUAUUAAAUAGUUUGAGUUAUCUUUA